AUGGAACCACCACAGCUUAGUGACUUUGACAAGCUUACCAUAGGGAGGGUCGAUCUAGGUCUACAGGAUGUGAAGAUGAGGCUAAAGAUUUCCAGAGACGGCGUGCCAAUUUUCGUUACCGGAUCCAAAAAGGGUCAUAUGCCGGAUGGCAGCUCGCGUGACGACUUUCUCUGCGCAUCGGAUGUAGAUGGUCUUCCCUGGAAAGAAACAGACAGGCGUGUCAGCAAGAAUACUUUGUUGCUGAGAAAGGCUGAGUUCUGGGACCGCUUUGAUAUGGCGGCAGCCAUCGACAAAGCGCGUUGGGAGUCACUCCAGGACGCCAUGGCGAGAGAUGAGUGCAUCGUAGACAUCACCUUCGAGGGCGUCUCAGUCAAGGUGGACUCCUUCACAGCAUGA